AUGCUUGCUUUUAUAUUAAUUGAUUCAAGAGCUACACACUUGUUUGUUUCUUCGAUAUUCGUUUCAAAGUCGAAUCUAGAAUGUGUACCCCUUGAUAACAUAUUAGAAGUAUCACUACUGUCUAGAAAGGUGCUUAAUGCAAAUUAUAUAGCGAGGAAUCUAAAUUUAGAAACAGAUGGGAAGAUUAUGAAAAUAGACUUAGUGGUCUUAGAUAUGAAAGAUUUUGAUGUUAUACUUGGUAUGGACUGUUUGUUGGAAAACCAUGCAGCCAUUCGUUGUUUCGAGAAUGAUGUAAUGUUUCAACGACUUGAUGAAGAAAAAUUUCAUUUCUUUGGAACAAGGGUGAAACCUCUACCUCAACUUAUAUCAACAAAAGAGUUAAGCAUUGUCAAAGUCCCAGUGGUUAGGGAUUUUUCAAAUGUACUUCCAAAAGAUUUACCAGGAAUGCCUCCAAAUCGAGAGGUCGGGUUUACUAUUGACCUUGUACCAGUUGCCGUGCCAAUUUCAAAGGCCUAUUAUCGUAUGACACCGAUAGAACUUCGGGAAUUGAAAUUUCAAUGGACGGAUAAGUGUGAACAGAGCUUUCAGGAACUAAAACAGAAAUUGGUCUCAGCUCUUGUCUUGACCAUGCCCAAAGGGACAGAAGGUUGCGUUAUCUACAACUAUGCAUCUAAGUAG